GUCGUAGAGGUAAACCUGGACAUAGUCAGAAUUCCCACCUUCAGAUUCUGCCUGCACAGAUAGCUACCACUACACCAUAGAUCCCGAGAAUAACGGAUUGCACAGUACUGUACGGUGGCUCGCUAUGGAAACAACAACACAGGCUUUUGACAAUGGAUCUCAUAUGCCUUUCUUCAACGUUACUGGAAGUAUGUUCGUGCAGGAGAGGUGGGGGUGGUGGCUGAAGCAGAUACUCAUACCUAUCGUCGUUGUUGUGGGAAUGUUUGGAAAUACCUUGUCCUUCGUCGUCAUGAAGUCCUCAACACUACGUUAUAAGUCCUACAGUCACUACCUCUGUGCACUGGCCGUGUUUGACACAUUGACGCUGAUAGGCAGAGAAAUGAUGCUUAUUGACGAAUUGAAACUCAACAUGGGCCUUCCGGGAUUUUUUGAAAAUUUUAAUAACGCCAGCUGUAAAAUAUAUAACUUUUGUGAGCAUGUUUGCUAUCUGAUGUCCUCAUGGCUGAUAGUGGUGAUGGCAUUCGAGCGUAUCGUCGCCGUGUACUUCCCCUUCAAAACGAGGACAAUUUGCAAGCAGACGCUGGCCGUCGUGACGAUAUUUACCCUCCUGGUAGUGAUCUCCUAUACCCAGGUGUUCCGAGUGAUUAUGUUUGGCAAAAGUGACGGAAAGUGUGAAGCACAGUUGCAGUACAACUUUACAUACGUGAUGCUCCACACCUACUUUUACCAAAUAUGUUUAAUAUUCACACUUCCGGUCUGCCUUGUUCUCAUUUGCAACACUAUGGUUCUGUAUAAAAUCCAUCAGAUCCGUAAAGCAACAGAGAACGAGAAUUCCACAACUACACGGCUGACGAGAAUUACUGCUUGCAGGUACAAAACCACCUUUAUGCUCCUUACCAUAUCGUUCCUCUAUGUGCUCUGUACGUUACCAAUGAUAGCAGUGACACUGGCGUUUCUGGUAGUCUGGGAACAAAGAGGAGUUGAGAGUGCGCCCUUUAUGUAUGCUCUCAAACCCUACAGCGACGCCCUGGAAGUCGUGUUCUGUAUGAAUUACAGUGUAAAUUUUUUUGUCUACGUGUUGUCCGGUAAGGCGUUCCGUAGAGAGCUUCAGGAGAUGUUCCAUGGACGCCGCCAAUCAUACAGCAGUAGUCGAACACGUGACUCGCAGGUCAGGUGACUAGAACGGGAUCGGCAGUGGUCGGCAGCACAUCAGUGCGUGAGGACUACAUUAGUUUGACACCAUCAAACCAUGAUGAGGAAUCAGUAUCUCAUUACUCCAAGGAGGUUUGUCAAGUCGUUAUUUCUGGUUAAUGUUAAGCGUUGUGUUACAGAACAAGACAAUGUAUACACCCACCAUCUUGUCUUACCUUCUUGUAUCCCUGAAGAUGAUACACGGAUCAAAGAGUGACUGACCAGAAUUACCAGAAUUGGAGGUGUUUAUCUUUUUUCAACUCCCGUUUGUCCAUAAAGUCCAUGCGAUGCCUUGAAGUUUUGCCUUGUCUAUUGCAGUUGUUGUGUAUAUCAAAGGGUGAGGUGCUCGUGGAAUUCUGCUUGUGGCUUCAUUAACCAUCCAGUCAAGAUUCUCUUGUAAUAC